AUGGGCAUACCACUAAACGACUCGAUACUUUACACUCUUUGUUUCGCUGAUGAUCAAAUAAUACUGACUCAAGACUACGAGGACUUGAAAUAUAAAACCCGCAAAUUAACUAAAGAAUACAGUAAGUGGGGGCUGGAGGUAAAUCUUAAAAGGACGGAAUAUAUGUGUAUAGGAUGUGAACAACAGAACUUAAUCCUAGAACAACAACAGCAAAAGAUAAAACACUGCCAAAAAUAUAAAUAUCUUGGAAUGCACAUUUCCAACGAUGGUAGCGUUGAUGAAGAAAUUAAGUACAGAAACAACCAGGGAAGACAAGCAAUACAAGAACUCAACAAUAUUCUAUUGGGAUGA